UGCACGCCCACCGCCAGCUGCGCAGGCUUAAAGGCGCCCAUCCGUCCAACCACCUGGUCAACCGCCAACCACCGGACGCGCGCGCCGCCUGCCCCAUAUAACCACGCCGGUCGCUGCUGGGCGCGGCAUCUGCAGAAGAGCCGUCGGUCAGGGGAUGCGAGUGACAGGCGCGGCCGUGCUGCUGCUGCUGGUGGCUCUGGCGCCGUCCCCGGGGGCGGAGGGGCGGCGGAUGCGCACGCGGGGGCGGACCAAGUCCCGCGCGCAGAUCGGCCUCCCGGUCACCGGCCAGUACCGCGACGCCGAGACCGACAAGUACUACAACAACAACAACGGCGCCAAGAUCGUCAACUGGUCGCACUUUGACUAUGAGUACACACUGGGCCAGAAGAUCGUCUUCAUGUGCGUCGCCAAGGGCAACCCCAGACCCGCCAUCACGUGGUUCAAGGACGGGACAGAGUUGUACGCGCACACCUACCUGCAUGUUCACGAGUGGGCAAUCGGCAAGGACCAGAUAAAGUCGAAACUGGAGAUCGAUCCCGCAACGCAGAUGGACGCGGGCGUGUACGAGUGUUCAGCCGACAACAUGUACUCCAUAGACCGGCGGAGCUUCAAGACCGACUUCAGCAUCGCCUUCGACUAGCCACGCCUCCACGUGCAAGACGGGUCGAUGCCCGGAAGUAGCGCUUUUGUCGCGAUACAGCCUCCCGACAAGCUGUUGAGCAUUUGUUUUACUAAAAAAAAAAAAAAAAAAAAAACCAGCGCUGCGCUGAAAAAGUGUUGUUAGUGCACGAGGGCAAUUACCGCAAGUACAAAGUGUAAUUUUUUCCUUCAACGGUCACGUAGGACUAAUCAGUACGGCAGAAUGCUGUCCUUCAAUGUCAACAAGUGUAACCAUUGAAACGUCCCCUUAGAACAAUUAUACAUGACUGUGCUUAAACUGACACACAAUAUUUUUAGCGCAACGCAAUCUGACUUUCAAUAAUCCCUACAAAAGAAUGGCCCUGACUAACAUUAACCUAUACCUUUCACAAAUCACUUACCUCACAAAAAUCUUCGUUACUCGAACUACUGCAAUACAGCGAGCGCCACUACUGCCAGCUAAAUAAAAGAUUCAAACUACUGAAGGCACUAACUACUGAUAGGCGUAGUUAGCAAAUGAUAGAUUUUGAUAGAGAUCAAACAAUGUAUUUACCUCAAUAGUGUUCAAAAGACAUUUUAUAUAUAUAUAUAUAUAUAUAUAUAUAUAUAUAUAUAUAUAUAUAUAUAACUCCGCCACCUCUCUCCCCACAUCCACCACUGUUGGCGGCUCACCUCCAACUACGCGACGCUACGCGCUGUUAACAGCCAACUGCCCAACACUACAAUAGCGAAUAUUUCAACAAUGCCAACCAGCCACAGACUGCACACAGCACAGUCAGUGAUUUUCAUACAGAGCGCUACGUGGCGUUACCAACAUAAAAACCUAAACAGCCUACUUACACCAUUGUGCAAAAUAUGCGUGAAGUUGAGAGUAAUCGAAAUCUGAGUUUCUUCUCACAUUCGCAAGAAUUACGCAGUAAUAUUUUCAUCAUCUUAUGACACUUUUGUACAGCAAUCCCUGAAGAAAAAAAAAAAAAGAAAAAAAACACUAGUUUCUGGCUACACGUUAGUGCGCCACUGCAACGAACAGAGUACACUCGAAACCGCUUACAACGACGUCAAAGGGACCUGCCAUUUAAGCUCUUUAUUGCAGAUCCUCGCACAAACCAGAUUUUUGUUUUGUUUUUUGAUAAAAAUUUCGUAUCUGUAAAUUGUAGGCUGCUAUAUAGUUAGAACAUCAAAAAGUAGUAGAAAUACACUGCACCUACGGUAUUAACAAUUGAGUAUUUAUGGAGAGGCACAGAAGAGGAACUUUUCUUAGGAUACAUGCAGCAAUAACAUUCCAGCAAAAUGUAAAAACAGCCAAUAAAUGGAGAAAUAAGUGGCAACGAUGUAAACUGUUCAAUAAUGUCGAACAUAGCCUUGGAUAAUGAAUGAGAUAAAAUAUUAAGCAUGUUUAAAACUUACUGUAACUGCUGUUUAGUGUAAUAGUAGUGAAUGACAACUUCGU